AUGGGGAACUGCGAGUGUAACUUCGAAAUUGCCGAGAAGAUCUUGGACACCGUCACAGAGGGCCUUGAAAAGCUUGACAGCAUCAUCUGCGCUGCCAUGUUGGAGUCUUUCAACACCAUUCUACAGGUAGGCAUAAAUGCUAUACCGGGAGAUGUCGGCAUCAGAGCGGCUGUCCAACGCGCCAAGACCUUUGUCGAGAAUGGAUUGGAUGCAGUUUCCCUCUUCGGGAACUGGGUUGGAAAAGCGUGUGGGGUGCCAGACUGGGAUUUUGAUCUGCUCGCUGGCUUUAAGCCACUCACCAAUGCACCUGACUCAUUGGGAGCAAGCAAAGGGUGUUUGAAGAAAGGAAAAUCCAAACGCAAGAGAAUAGAGUCUAAACCCGACCCGAGUCCGACUCCUGGACAAUACUCCAGCAUGGAGAAGACUUUCCCUCGAGGCACCGGACCACAGACACCCACUAGGUCCGCCUCCAUCACAGCCUCGGUAUGCCGAAUUGCCAAGCUUAUCAAUCCCGACGUCAAGCCGAGAAAGUUGAGUGAGAGGGAGAUCCAUAACGAAAUUUGUCGGAGCUGA